AGGCGAGGACGCCGCACCUGUGGGCGCCGGGGGCGCGGGCCCCUCCCUCCCGGCCCGAGCGUGCGCAGCUCCCCGGCGGCUCCGCUAGGGGUCUCUCUCGGGUGCCGAACGGGGUGGGCUGGAUCAGCUGACUCUCCGGGCUCCGAGCCCAGCCGCCGCGCUCCAGCUCCGUCAGUUUCCUCGGCAGCGGCAGGAGAGAGCAGGCGGGGCGGCGCGAGCGCGGGGCCACCGGAGACGGCGGCGGCGACGGCACCGACAGAGCCAGGGCGCGGCGGAUCCCACUCCCACAGCAGCGCACUCGGUGCCCCGCGCAGGGUCGCGAUGCUGCCCGCUUUGGCACUGGUCCUCCUGGCCUCCUGGACGGCUCGGGCGUUGGAGGUGCCCACUGAUGGCAAUGCCGGCCUGCUGGCUGAACCUCAGGUUGCCGUGUUCUGCGGCAAACUGAACAUGCACAUGAACGUGCAGAAUGGAAAGUGGGAGUCCGAUCCUUCGGGGACCAAAACCUGCAUUGGCACCAAGGAGGAUAUCCUGCAGUACUGCCAAGAAGUCUACCCUGAACUGCAGAUCACCAACGUGGUGGAAGCCAACCAACCAGUGACCAUCCAGAACUGGUGCAAGAGGGGCCGCAAGCAGUGCAAGACCCACGCCCACAUCGUGAUCCCCUACCGCUGCUUAGUUGGCGAGUUUGUAAGUGAUGCCCUCCUUGUUCCCGACAAGUGCAAAUUCCUACACCAGGAGAGGAUGGACGUUUGUGAAACCCACCUUCACUGGCACACGGUCGCCAAAGAGACCUGUAGUGAGAAGAGUACCAACUUGCACGACUAUGGCAUGUUGCUGCCUUGUGGAAUCGACAAGUUCCGAGGCGUGGAAUUUGUAUGCUGCCCGCUGGCCGAGGAAAGUGACAACAUUGACUCCGCGGACGCAGAAGAGGAUGACUCGGAUGUCUGGUGGGGUGGCGCAGACACAGACUAUGCAGACGGGAGCGAAGACAAAGUAGUAGAAGUAGCAGAGGAGGAGGAAGUGGCUGACGUUGAGGAGGAAGAAGCCGAGGAUGACGAGGACGGCGAGGAGGGUGAUGAGGUGGAGGAAGAGGCGGAAGAACCCUACGAAGAGGCCACGGAGAGAACCACCAGCAUCGCCACGACCACCACCACCACCACGGAGUCUGUGGAAGAGGUGGUCCGAGAGGUGUGCUCUGAACAGGCCGAGACGGGGCCAUGCCGAGCAAUGAUCUCCCGCUGGUACUUUGAUGUGACCGAAGGGAAGUGCGCCCCGUUCUUUUACGGCGGAUGUGGCGGCAACCGAAACAACUUUGACACAGAGGAAUACUGCAUGGCCGUGUGUGGCAGCGUCAUGUCCCAAAGUUUACUCAAGACUACCCAGGAACCUCUUCCCCAAGAUGCUGUUAAACUUCCUACAACAGCAGCCAGCACCCCCGACGCCGUUGACAAGUAUCUUGAGACACCUGGAGAUGAGAAUGAACAUGCCCAUUUCCAGAAAGCCAAAGAGAGGCUGGAAGCCAAGCACCGUGAGCGAAUGUCCCAGGUCAUGCGAGAAUGGGAAGAGGCAGAGCGACAGGCGAAGAACUUGCCUAAAGCCGACAAGAAAGCAGUUAUUCAGCACUUCCAGGAGAAAGUGGAGUCUCUGGAGCAGGAAGCCGCCAACGAGAGGCAGCAGCUGGUGGAGACGCACAUGGCCCGCGUGGAAGCCAUGCUCAACGACCGCCGCCGCCUGGCUCUGGAGAAUUACAUCACUGCUCUGCAGGCCGUGCCCCCUCGGCCUCGUCAUGUGUUCAACAUGCUAAAGAAGUAUGUCCGUGCCGAGCAGAAAGACAGGCAGCACACCCUAAAGCAUUUUGAGCACGUGCGCAUGGUGGAUCCAAAGAAAGCCGCUCAGAUCCGGUCCCAGGUGAUGACGCAUCUCCGUGUGAUCUACGAGCGCAUGAACCAGUCCCUCUCCCUGCUCUACAACGUGCCUGCUGUGGCAGAGGAGAUUCAGGAUGAAGUUGAUGAGCUGCUUCAGAAAGAGCAGAACUACUCGGAUGACGUCUUGGCCAACAUGAUCAGCGAACCAAGAAUCAGUUACGGAAACGAUGCCCUCAUGCCGUCCUUGACGGAAACGAAAACCACCGUGGAGCUUCUUCCUGUGAAUGGGGAGUUUAGCCUGGACGACCUCCAGCCCUGGCAUCCUUUCGGGGUCGACUCGGUGCCGGCCAAUACAGAAAAUGAAGUUGAGCCCGUCGACGCCCGCCCUGCUGCAGACCGAGGACUGACCACCCGACCAGGUUCGGGAUUGACAAACAUCAAGACGGAAGAGAUCUCUGAGGUGAAGAUGGAUGCCGAGUUCCGACAUGACUCGGGGUAUGAAGUUCAUCAUCAAAAAUUGGUGUUCUUUGCAGAAGAUGUGGGUUCAAACAAAGGUGCCAUCAUUGGACUCAUGGUGGGCGGUGUUGUCAUAGCAACAGUGAUCGUCAUCACCUUGGUGAUGCUGAAGAAGAAACAGUACACGUCCAUUCAUCACGGUGUGGUGGAGGUUGACGCUGCUGUGACCCCAGAGGAGCGCCACCUCUCCAAGAUGCAGCAGAAUGGCUAUGAAAAUCCAACUUACAAGUUCUUCGAGCAGAUGCAGAACUAGACCCCCGCGACAGCAGCCUCUGAAGUCGGACAGCAAAACCAUUGCUUCACUACCCAUCGGUGUUCAUUUAUAGAAUAAUGUGGAAAGAAACAAGCCCUUCUGUUUUAUGAGUUACUCAUUGCCUUUCGACCGCUGUGCUAUAUAACACAAGUAGAUGCCUGAACUUGAAUUAAUAUACAAAUCAGCAAUGUAUUCUCUCUCUUUACAUUUUGGUCUCUCCAUUAUUAAUGGGUUUUGUGUACUGUAAAGAACUUAGCUGUAUCGAACUAGUGCAUGAAUAGAUUCUCUCCUGAUUAUUUAUCACGUAGCCCCUUAGCCAGUUGUAUAUUAUUCUUGUGGUUUGUGACCCAAUUAAGUCCUACUUGAAAUAUGCUUUAAGAAUCGAUGGGGGAUGCUUCGUGUGAACGUGGGAGUAUAGCUGCUUCUCUUGCCUAAGUAUUCUUUUCCUGAUCACUAUGCAUUCUAAAGUUGAGCAUUUUUAAGUAUUCCAAAUGAUCUAGAGAAUUUUUUUUCCAUGAUUGCAUUUUACUGUACAGAUUGCUGCUUCUGCUAGAUUUGUGAUAUAGGAAUUACGAGGAUACACAUUUAUUUCUUUGUGCCUGUUUUAUGUGCACACAUUAGGCAUUGAGAAUUGAAACUUUUUUGUCCAUGUACCUUUGGAUCUUUGAUAAAGAAAAGAAUCCCUGUUCAUUGUAAGCACUUUUACGGGUGGGGGUGGGUGGGGGGAGGGAGUGCUCUGCUGGUCUCAAAUUACCAGGAAUUCUCCCAAAAAAAUUUUCUGCAGGAUGAUUGUACAGAAUCAUUGCUUAUGACCAUGAUAGCUUUCUACACUGUAUUACAUAAAUAAAUUAAAUAAAAUCACCCUGGGCAAGAGUUUUCUUUAAAGGAUAACUAGGGACAUGAAAUAUUCAGAGUCAUUUGAAGGGAAGAAGAAGAGGCAGAUGCAGUUUCUUUCAACCGGUCUAAAAACAUUUUAUUUAUGACAGCAAAAGAAAGUGAAAGGGGAAGGCCUGCCUGGACAGACCCUUUAAGAUUUGUCUUCAAUUUGUAUAAAACGGUGUUUUCAUGUAAAUAAAUACAUUCUUGGAGGAG